GCUAGUCAGUUGUUAAUGACACUCUCGACUAGAGUGAACGGGUUGUGCUGUGAAAAAAUGGCGGGCGGUCAUGUAAGCAACGAAAAUCAUUCGAACGAGACCGAACAGUUUGCGACACACGAUGCAAGUGACGUCAAUAUUUUGGAUGCGAUACUGGUGCGUAUUGGGGAGUUCGGCCGUUAUCAAAUGUUCAAUUACAUUCUGCUCUGCAUACCGAUGAUCUUCAAUGCUUUCCAGUCCAUUUCGUAUGUUUUUACUGCCAGUCCAGUAGUAUACAGGUGUAAUAUAACGCAAUGUGACAGCCCGAACAGCCAGUAUUGGGAAGCAUGGGUUAACUUUACAAUUCCACACAAGGAUUUUAAUCCAGAUCAAUGUCACCGGUAUGUAUUCGAAAGCCCUAUUGGAAAACAGUCUUCUGUGCCUUCUAGUCCAUAUUGUGUACCAGAAAAUUUUGAUUCAACACGACAAGAAAAAUGUGGCAAGGACUUUAAGUUUCGAGAUGAAGAAUAUACGAUAUCCAAUGACUUUGGCUUUUUCUGUUCCGAAGAAUGGAAACUGAACAUGGUGGGAACCAUAAAUAAUGUCGGUCAAUUUAUAGGAAUUCCUUUGGGAGGAUUACUGGCGGAUAGAUAUGGCCGUCGCACAAUGUUGGCAAUUGGUGGAUUCCUAAGCUCGAUAAUGGGCAUAAUACGUUCGUUUUCGCCCAAUUACUACAUGUUCCUGUCAUUCGAGCUACUUGACAUGGUUGUCGGCAGCACUCUCUUUCCCACAUCAUUUCUAUUGGCUAUAGAAUUAGUCGGUCCAAAACGACGUGUUGCUGCAGCUACCAUCAUAACGAUAUUCUACUCCCUCGGAGAAGCCUUACUCGGUGUUUUGGCUGGACAAUUCCAAAAUUGGAGAGUAUUACUAAGAGUUCUCUAUAUACCGGCAGCCGUACAUAUAUUUUUUCUAGUUCUGCUACCAGAGAGUGUUCGGUGGCUGUUAAGUCAACGCAAAGAGGAACAAGCCAUUGCCAUACUUCGUCGUGCAGCUCGUGUCAAUAAGCGAUCACUAUCCGAUAGCAGUUUACAACAGCUAGUGCAGUCCAAUAAGGAGAAAUUAGCCGAAUCCAAUGAAACGACAUAUCCCAUAAGAAAUGCGUUUAAAAGAUUUUCAUGGAGAAUAGCCAAUUGUUCGCUAUGUUGGUUCACCCACACGCUAAUUGCCUUGGGAUUGAGUUUGAACUCUGUGAACUUGGGUGGCAACAAGUACAACAACUUUAUGUUAAAUGGCUUAGUUCAGGUACCAGGACUUAUACUGCCGCUAUUCAUUAUGAACUCCUUGGGAAGGCGUACAUCUUUAUGCGGUUCAAUGUUGGUAUGUGCCGUUUGCAUUGGAGCAUCGAUAAUUUUCGGAAAAAAUGGUCACGCAACGGAAUUAACUCUGUUUCUGAUUGGAAAAUUUGCCAUUACAUGCAGUUUCCAGGUGUUGUACUUUUUCACAUCCGAAAUAUUCCCCACAAAUGUACGGAACAGUCUACUGUCGCUGUGCUCGAUGAUAGGACGAAUUGGUUCAAUGAUUGCUCCGCAAACCCCUUUAUUGGCCAACUAUUACGAAUUUGCUCCUCAGUUAUUAUUUGCUAGCUUUGGAUUGGUUAGUGGAUUCUUAACACUUUUCUUCCCAGAAACAGCGAACAAAUCCCUUCCCACUACCAUGGACGAGGCUAGCAAUUUAAGUGGAAAAUCCAAAGGAAAAGACGAACGUGAUGAAGAUAUAUAACUGAAUCUAGAGAGCCUUAUGGUAAAAAAAAACAGGGAAUUGAUGAAGAUGCAUGUUUACAGCAUUUAAUUUAUUUUUUUUAAAACACAUUUGUACAUAUUGCAAGUAUUUUAUAUAAAUACUAGUAAAUGAAUAAAUAGAAAUCUAUAUUAAGUAAA